GAACAAGAGUUUGUUUAUCAAUAAAAUAAUAAAUAAUUUUUUUAAAACAGGAUUUUAGUAUAUUUUAUCGAACUCAGUUGGUUAAAAUUGUUAUGAUAUUUAAUACUCGCGAUAGUUGGUGACACUGAUUAGACAUAACCUUAUUUUAUGGUGUCGUGCUAGCACAAAUUUUUAAAAAUACUUGUAGUUAUCUCGAAAUUUCGUAACAGUUGUGAACGGUUUAAGGAAACAUUGCCCAAAAACUAUAAUUCUAGAUGUAAGAUUAAAGUUUCAUGUCAAAAUGGCUGGUGUAUUCGAUUUAGAACUGCCUGAUGUUGAAACUGUAGAAGUGGAUGAUUCAGACGAUGCAAUCGAAAUUGAAGAGGAUGAAUAUGACCAGAAUCCAAAUAUCAAUGCAAUUGUGGAAACAGAUGAUACGGAGACAGUUCAUCUUACUGAGCAAAUUGUGAACCAGGGUCAAGAGAAGACUGGUCCACAAGACUUUGAACUCCGUAAAGUUUUAGGAAAAGGCGGCUAUGGAAAAGUAUUCCAGGUUAGGAAAUUAACUGGAAAGGAUGCCAAUACGGUGUUUGCCAUGAAAGUACUCAGAAAAGCUUCCAUUGUUAGAAACCAAAAAGAUACUGCUCAUACAAAAGCGGAAAGAAAUAUUUUAGAAGAAGUUAAGCAUCCUUUUAUAGUAGACUUGAUAUACGCUUUCCAAACGGGUGGGAAACUGUACUUAAUACUAGAAUACCUCAGCGGUGGUGAAUUAUUCAUGCACCUAGAAAGAGAAGGCAUAUUUUUAGAAGACACUGCUUGCUUUUAUUUAUCUGAAAUUAUACUCGCCUUAGAACAUCUGCACGGACAGGGAAUUAUUUAUAGAGAUUUAAAGCCUGAAAAUAUUUUACUCGACGCCCUCGGUCACGUCAAAUUGACAGAUUUUGGUCUUUGUAAAGAACACAUCAACGAGGGUAUUUUAACCCAUACAUUUUGCGGUACCAUCGAAUACAUGGCUCCGGAAAUUUUAACUAGACACGGUCAUGGAAAAGAAGUCGAUUGGUGGUCCUUAGGUGCUCUCAUGUACGAUAUGUUAACUGGUGCACCCCCUUUUACGGCGGAAAAUCGUAAGAAGACAAUAGAAAAAAUUCUGAAAGGAAAAUUAAACUUACCACCUUAUUUAACGGCCGAUGCGCGCGAUUUGGUGCGCAAACUCCUAAAGAGACAGGUGCCUUCGAGAUUGGGUGCUGCUCCCGAAGACGCUGCAGCCGUCAAACGUCAUCAAUUUUUCAAGCACAUCGUUUGGGAUGACGUGUUGAGAAGGAAAUACGAACCUCCAUUUAAACCGAGCCUCGCUAGCGAUGAUGACGUAUCUCAAUUCGAUACGAGAUUUACGAAACAAACUCCAGUAGAUUCGCCGGACGAGUCCACUUUAAGCGAAAGUGCCAAUCUAAUUUUCCAGGGAUUUACGUAUAUAGCUCCAUCGGUAUUGGAAGAAAUUUACAAACCGACAAUCGUAAAGGCCCGUUCGCCGCGUAAAAGCUCGUUCCGACCGCAUUUCGCGUUUACUCCGACCCACCAUCAACAAUUACACCAUAUCCCCGAUCAGAAUUGCGGUUAUUCCGGCGGUAUGUCGUCGGUACAAGUCAAUCACGUGCCGCAUCCGAUGCACGGACACCAUCAAAUCAUGAAUACGCAUUUACCGCUAGCGGCUCACAAUCAAUUUACACACCAGAUGGCGUUCAAUGUACCACAGAAUUCGUGCACCGACGAACUAAUGGAAGUUAGUACCGGACUACCUCAUGUAUAGCAUAUAUGCUAGAUCUUUUUUUUUUCAAAUAUAAAUUAGUCACAUAGAAUUUUUUUAGUUCAAUUGUUUUUUUUUUUUAAUAUUAUUUUGGUCGGAGGUGUCAAAACUUCUCGUAUUUUAUCUCAAUUUGUGAUCUAAAUUCAGUGACGGUUGUCAUUUGUCAAUGUCAUAUGCUGGCAAUGUAAGUUUAUUAUUAGAAAUAAUUGUUGUUGAUCAUGUUUUAUGUAGUAGGGCCGGUUAAUAACAUUGACAGGUGAAAAUAACAAUUUUUUGUUUUAUUUUUAAACAUUUUUUGUAUAUACACCGUGUCCCAGACUUAUUUACCUGAGCUAUAUCUCCUGUACGAAUAUUUGUUUUGGUUUGAGAGGUAUAACUUUGAUAUAUUAGUCUCGAACACCCUGUAUAUAUAGAUAAGAGAAAAUAUUUAAAUAUAUAUAAUAAUUUCUUGGGGGAAUUUUCAUUUUAGGGGCUUUUUACAAGUUUGAAUCGAAUAAUUUCUUGUUUAUCAUUGGUACAUUUGAACUACUCUUCUUCAUAUAAUAGAAAUAAGCUCGGCAAUACCAAUAGUCAUGUUGCCAUGUGUAUAUAAUACAUGAAUCGUUAUUAUGGAACGUCCUGUACAUAUAAAUUGACAGAGAAUAGAUAGAUAAUAUAAAAAUCAAAAAUUAAUUACUCUAGUCGAUUUUUACAGGUUUAAAUCGAAAACUUUCUCAUUUAUCAUUGAUUUAAUACUUUCGGUACAUUUGAACUACUUCUCAUAAAAACGAUUAUAAGCUUGGCAACGUGGCGUAUUCGUUUAUAGUCAUGUCAUUAUAUUUUUUCGAAUAUUCCAUACAGUGUGGAUAUAUUAUUAAGAGACGUCCUGUAUAUAUAAAUUGGCAGAAAAUAUAUAGAUGAUGGAAAAGUUUAAAAUAAAUUAUUCUAGUGGGUUUUUACAGGUUUAAAUCGAAAACUUUCUCAUUUAUCAUUGAUUUAAUACUUUCGGUACAUUUGAACUACUUCUCAUAAAAACGAUUAUAAGCUUGGCAACGUGGCGUAUUCGUUUAUAGUCAUGUCAUUAUAUUUUUUCGAAUAUUCCAUACAGUGUGGAUAUAUUAUUAAGAGACGUCCUGUAUAUAUAAAUUGGCAGAAAAUAUAUAGAUGAUGGAAAAGUUUAAAAUAAAUUAUUCUAGUGGGUUUUUACAGGUUUAAAUCGAAAACUUUCUCAUUUAUCAUUGAUUUAAUACUUUCGGUACAUUUGAACUACUUCUCAUAAAAACGAUUAUAAGCUUGGCAACGUCGCGUAUUCGUUUAUAAUAAUGU